AUGACCACAACAGUAGCAGGUAAUAUCAGACCUCUCCUUUCUACAGUCUUUCACCAUAUGGUGGCAUCUGAAAUAUCGCAAUUUCAAAUUUCACCACUUCACUCCUCUCCCCUCCUCUUUUGCAACUUGAGGCUGUUCGCUGCUUCCCCCUCGGACAGCUGCUGUCUCUUGCAUGUACCCCUUCUGCCCCUUCCAUCAAAUCCUGUCAUCCUCUUAAUACUGUUGGCAUACAUAUCUAUCGAAUUGAUUGAUAUGUAUGCACACCGCACUUCUCAGUUUGACAUAUACAACAAAUGUGACUUCCGUGAAUGCCUCCUUCCAUCUUAUCUAUAUGAUAUCUUGAGACCAAAAAAAAAACCAACAAAAAACGCUCUCUCUUUCCAUAUCUCUCUCUCUCUCUCUCUUUCCAUCUCUCUCUCUCUCUCUCUCUCUCUCUCUCUCUCUCUCUUUCAACCUUUCUCUUUCAACCUCUCCAUUCUUUUCACCUCCCUCUAUUUCCACCUUCCUUCUGUGAAUCGGGUGUACAUCGGCCGUCGGGCGCAUAAUGAUUUGUUUCUCUCUUUCACCUCUCUCUUUCCACCUCUGUCUUUUCACCUCUCUCUUUCCACCUUUCUCUUUCCACCUCUCCCUCUUUCCACCUCUCUCUCUCUUCCCCCCCUCUCUGUGAUUGCGGGCAUGUUUGUUUAUAUUUCAGCUUUCUUUCCACCUCUCUCUCUCUCUCUUUCCACCUCUUUCUAUCUUUCUCUUUCCACAUUUCUGUUUUCCACCCUCUCUUUCCACCUCUCUCUUUCCACACCUCUCUCUUUUCACCUCUUUCUUUCCACCUGUCUCUUUCUACUUCUCUGUCUCUGUUGUUUAUACAGUAAGUAA